AUGUCUUCUUGGCAACCUCCCAGAGAUUAUGAAAAGAGACCAGUCACGGUUCUAGGCGGUGGAGUCCUAGGCAGACGUAUCGCCGCAUGUUGGGUCGCAGCAGGCUACCAUGUCAUCAUCAGAGAUCCCUCGGAAAAAUCCAGAAAUGAUGCUCUAGCCUACAUCAAAUCCGACAUGGGAGCCUUCUCGGCAUUGACAGAGCGUACUACUCCUGGUCGCGCGGAGGGUACCGAGGACCUCGCUGCUGCUGUGAAGGAGUCAUGGCUGGUUUUCGAGGCUGUUCCUGAGAAAUUGGAGUUGAAGGAAGAUACGUUUGUUGAGCUGGAGAAGUAUGCGCCAAAGGAUUGUAUUCUGGCCAGUAAUUCUUCUUCGUACAAAUCUGGGGAGCUUAUUGGGAAAUUGCGAGAUGAGACCAAGACUCGUGUUUUGAACACUCACUACAUGAUGCCACCAGAAGCUCUCAUCGUCGAACUAAUGACCGAUGGCCACACAACCCCCGAACUAAUCGACUUUCUCAAAGAGCGCCACCAAGAAGCAGGACUCCACCCCAUCGUCGCACUCAAAGAAUCCACCGGCUUCGUCUUCAACCGCAUCUGGGCGGCCAUCAAACGUGAGACUCUCAAAGUCCUUCAAGAAGGCGUCUCCACCCCUUCAGAAAUCGACCGAGUUUUCAAAGAACAAUAUAGUGCUCGCGAUGGACCUUGUCAUAUGAUGGAUCAAGUCGGCUUGGAUACCGUGGAGAAUAUCGAGGAACACUACAUCAAAGAGCGGAAUAUCUCCAGAGAUCAUGUCGAUUGGUUGCAUAGGCAGUAUAUUGAACCCGGAAAACUUGGCAAGAAGAGCGAUAAGGGAGGUCUUUAUGAUGUUCCUUCCAAGGGCGAGCAGACGAAACUUUUCUUUCUGAAUUUGGGAGUCGCGGAGAAGUUGAAUGAGGAGAUGGAUUUCGAGCAGGUCAUGCAUCGUGGUCAGAUUCUAAGCUUGAAUGUCGACGAGGGCGGUAAACCGACCGAGAUUAUCGGAAAGGGAUAUAUGCCCGACGGCAUCGACAUUUCCAAGAAACUCAACCGUAUCUUCUGGACAGACAUGGGCAAUCCUUCCAUGAACGACGGCUCCGUCCACUCCGCCAACCUCGACGGCAGCGACAUCCAAAUAAUAAUCCCCCCCGGAGCAGUCCACACCCCGAAACAAUGCAUCAUCGACUCAACCUCCUCAAAACUCUACUUCAGCGACCGCGAAGGCAUGCGCGUAAUGCGCGUCAACCUCGACGGCACUGCCCACGAAACCAUCUUCCAAGUCGCCGACUUUCAAAAAGACACUGAAAAAAUUCACGAUCAAAGAAAUUGGUGUGUAGGAAUCGCCGUGUCGCCUAAAAAUGGAAAAUUCUAUUGGACGCAAAAGGGGCCUUCAAAAGGAAGUUUAGGAAGGAUUUUUUCUGCGAAUAUUGAUUUUCCGAAAGGGGAGGAUGCGAGGAAUAGGAGGGAUGUGGAACUUGUUAUUGGGGGGUUGSCGGAACCUAUUGAUUUGGAAUUGAAUGAGAGUGAGGAUGUGCUUUUUUGGUCUGAUAGGGGGGAGUUACCGCUUGGUAACACCCUAAACAAGAAGACUUUAAUCGGAGAAAUCCCCCCCGCGGAGAAGAAAUUAGGAAGACAGAUUCUCGCUCAGGGGCUUGGAGAGGGAAUUGGUCUAAAAUACGAUUCGAACAAAAAUGUGAUUUGGGUAGCGGAUAUGGCGGGUCGAAUUUUCAAAUGUAAUCCUGAUAAACCUGCGCUGAAGGAGAAAGUUUAUGAGGGGGCUACUUCUGCUUUUACGGGGCUUACGGUUUUGCAUGUUUGA